CAUAUAUGUUUUUUACUACAAUGAAAAUGGAAGGAGAAUCAACACUGUUAAAACCAAAUUUAACCGAGUGGAGGUUUUGUCUCUAUCCAAAAUAUAUUUUAUUGCCGAUUGAUGAAAAUCAUGAUCAAGUCAAAAAUAAUGUCAAAAAUGUUGUCUACUCUGAGGUAACACCACGGCCCCUAGAACGGAAUAUCCGUUUGGUGUGUGCUUCUGACGAUGCUUUGAUAAAUAUUUUAGAUAUGGAUCCAAAUAUAGUGAAUAGCCAAGAAUUUGUAGAAUUCGUCGCUGGCAGAAAGCUACCAUACGGAGCGUUGCCCGUCGCCCAUAGAUAUGGUGGUCACCAAUAUGGCUUAUGGGUUGGACAGCUUGGCGACGGAAGAGCGCACAUCAUUGGCGAAUAUGUGAAUAGAUUAAGCAAGCGAUGGCAGAUUCAGCUUAAAGGUUCAGGUCCGACGCCCUACUCCCGUUUAUAUGAUGGUCGUGCAGUGCUUCGCUCUUGUAUAAGAGAGAUGAUUGCUAGUGAGGCUAUGUACUAUUUGGGGGUUCCAACUACCAGAGCUGCUGCUGUCGUUGUGAGCGAUGAAUCAGUAGUUCGAGAUAUGUAUUUUGCGGGGGGUCCUCGUCGCGAGAGAGCUUCCAUCAUAUUGCGAUUGUCACAGAGCUGGUUCCGUUUCGGUUCCUUGGAGAUUUUGGCAAAAGGUGGAGAGUUGGGUGUGUUGAGGCAGCUUGUUGAUUUUGUAAUUAAGGAACAUUUUCCAGAUAUUCAUCUUACAGAUGACAACAGAUAUAUUCGAAUGUUUUCAGAAAUCGCUCAUAAAUCUUUGGACCUCGUUGCCAAAUGGCAAGGUUUAGGGUUCACUCACGGUCUCUUGAACACUGAUAACAUGAGUCUUCUCGGUGAAACGCUAGAUUAUGGACCGUUUGGUUUUGUGGAUUCAUAUGAUAGUGGUUUCGUUGCUAACUGUUUUGAUGGUGAAGGACGAUAUGCUUUGGGUAAACAAGCAGAUGUGGUAGUAUGGAAUAUAGGACAGCUAGCGAUUGCCCUGGAACCUCUCCUGACUGCAUCACAGCAAAGCCAUCUCUCGCAUAUACUAAAAACUUUGGACACAUACUGCAAAAAUAAAAUUUUGGAGACGUUCCUGAUGAAGAUCGGACUUAAGAAAGAGCGGUGGGGCGAUGAGGAGUUGGUGGAGAAGUUACUCGACAUGAUGCAACAGACUGGUGCCGACUUCACUGUCACAUUUAGACAAUUAGCUGAACUGCAACCUCACGAAUUGAGUAGCGAAUUGAAAUUAGCGGAGAAGUGGUCGAUCAAACGUUUAGCCUCGCAUUCCUGUUGGGGCUGCUGGGUCGACCAAUAUCGCAGUCGUUUGGAUAAAGAGGCGGUGGACACGAGUAAUGCUAAUUCUACCGGUGUCUUCGAAGAUGAGCGAAAAAGACGUAUGAUCAGUGUGAACCCAGCAUAUGUUCCCAGAAACUGGCUUCUUCACGAAGCUAUUGUCGAUGCUGAGAAAGACGAUUUUGAAAAGGUGCGCUUUUUGCUACAAGUGAUUCAGAAUCCAUUUGAAAUACAGCCAGAAGCAGAGAUCCGUGGAUUCUCUUCGCAGCCUCCGAUCUGGGCCUAUGAAUUAAAAAUUAGCUGUUCGAGUUGAUGAUUAUAUUUUUACUUUAAAAUCUAAAAAUAAUCUGUUAUAUUAAUUAAUGAUGUCCACGUCAAAUUGUUUUCCUAUAAAUCCUGUCUAAUAAAUAUUCCAAACGUCUAAUUCAUUGUCAAACUUUAUUGUGAUUGGUUCAUUGAUUGGCCUAGUCGUGAUGAAGUUACUUUC